CCAGCGUCUCAGUGGGCGGAGCCAACGGGUCACGUGAUCAGUGCCGCCGACAUGUGGCUCCCAAGAGCGGCUGUGUUGUUGGGUGUAGUGGGGAACAGAGGAGUACUGAGAAGUAUGUGUGCUCAGGCGGCGGACUGGCAAAGCGCCAAGUCUAUCUAUGAGUUUUCUGCCAAGGACAUCGAUGGGAAUGAGGUGUCUCUUGAGAAAUACAGAGGGAAUGUGUGCAUCAUUGUAAAUGUGGCCUCUAAAUGAGGAAAAACCAAGGUAAACUAUACUCAGCUAGCGGGAAUGCACGCCUCCUAUGCUGAGAAAGGUUUACGCAUCCUUGGCUUCCCCUGCAACCAGUUUGGAGGACAGGAGCCAGGGACAAACGCGGAGAUUAAAGAGUUUGCCAAAGGUUACAAUGCUGAGUUUGAUCUCUUCAGUAAGAUUGAUGUGAAUGGAGACCAAGCUCAUCCUUUGUGGAAGUGGAUGAAGGCUCAGCCCAAAGGCAAGGGAACCCUGGGAAAUAACAUCAAAUGGAACUUCACAAAGUUUCUCAUAAAUAAAGAGGGACAGGUGGUGAAGAGAUAUGGCCCCACAGAUGAUCCCAGCGUGGUGGAGAAAGACCUGCCCACUUACCUGUAAUCGCAUCACCAUCUAUGUGUUCCUUGGACUCCUGACCCUCUCCCAUGGACUUCAGAGUAUUUGUGUGUGUGUGUGUGUGUGCCUGGGCCAGUGACGGCCUGUCUGUAAACCCAACACUGGGAAAGUCAGUGCCUGAUGAACCUAAGCGUGCAAUUUAUUUCCAGAGCCCACACACACACACACCAAACCUUGUAAGGCUGUAAUGGGAGGGCAUUCAGUAGAGACACUUUCCAUCGUUGUUCACACUCAAAACAGCCAUUCCUUUUUCUUAUACCAUCUUACGCCAUCCAUGUGUCAAUGUCAACUUUAUGCACAGACAUAGUGUUAAAAUGUCACCAAAAACUACUGAAAGUAUUGUUUGCACUUGUCAAACUCCUCACUUAUAUGAUGAAAUUGGAAAAUAAAUGCUAUCUUAAACCUU